UUGCGGUGUGAUAAGAUCCACAUGCGAGUAACGGAGAGCAGCCAGAGUUCAAACAGAGAGAGAAAGAGAGAGAGAUUUAUAGAGUCAGAUGGAGAAAUCCGCAUCAAAGUGCUCGUAGAUCACCCUGAGAGUCAGUCAUACAGAAAACACUCACGUCUGGGUACCACAGAUCCACAAUCCAUCCAGAGGAACCAGAGGAACCUGCUCGUCUUCAUGUCCACAUCUCCAACCCCUCUGAAUUCAUCUGGAAUACUGACGACAGGAUGAGCUGGAAGGUGGCGUUGUGGCUGCUGUUCGCGGGUGUGCUGUGUGGCGUAUGCGACAGCCGUAAGAAUCGUCCACAGAGCUCCGUCCCCUCGCCGAACAAAACCAACGCAAACACCUCGGACCACCGCACUGGCAAACAGGAAGUGCUGGCCUCCAGCCAGGAAGCUCUGGUGGUGACAGAGAGGAAGUACCUGAAGAGCGACUGGUGUAAAACUCAACCACUGCGACAGACGGUCAGUCAGGAGGGCUGCAAGAGUCGUACGGUCAUCAACCGCUUCUGCUACGGCCAGUGCAACUCGUUCUACAUCCCGAGACACGUCAAGAAAGAGCAGGAGUCGUUCCAGUCGUGUGCGUUCUGCAGGCCGCACCGCUUCACCACGCUCACGGUGGAGCUCGACUGUCCGGACCUGCAACCGCCCGUCCGUUACCGCAAGAUCCAGCGAGUAAAACAGUGCCGCUGCAUGUCCGUGAGCGUCGCAGAGUCUGGACAACAAUGAGCCUACAGCGAGACAAACGCUCAUCUUGUCGCAUUUCUGCCCGCACUGGUUGCUGUUCCGAACCGAGAGGCGCAUGGACGCCUUCAAGACAGCAACUGUACAGGGACUGACCAGCGUCCUCUAUUACACGUUGGCUGCCUUGAGAGGUGGCGUACAUUGACUUACAGCGCUAGGAAAUGCACAGGCCGCUUUCGCUCGUCACACGCGAGUGGCUAAAGAAAAGCCGCUGAGACUGUUCGCAAGUGUGCGUUAUCGUGUGGCAACUGGACGGCGUGCAGACGGUCAGGAUGCCGAUUUCUCGCUGAACUUUGAGCGUCCGCAGAACCGAAACGACAGAUGAUGCAUCGGCUUGUGUGAUGUAUAACAUGUAUAACUCGAGUAUAGAGAUUCUAUAGAACUAUGGUACAGUAAAUGUAUAUAUCUACAGAAAGAAGUCU